AUGUCACGUCGACUGACAAAGCGACAUCUGACGCCUGUGGACGAAUAUCAAUGUCCUCUGUCUCCGGAGACGCAAGCCAUUGCUGAGGAGCAGCUGAGAGAAACAGAAAACGCCAGAUCGCAAGCCCUUGAAGCCUUAAGAAACUGGUUGGAACAACAUCCAAAAUUUAUGGCUAUCAGAAUGGAUUCAAAUUUCCUCCUACGUUUUCUGCGCACAAAGAAGUUUAGCGUGCCCAUGGUUCAGGAAGCUAUCGAGCGUUACAUACUAUUGCGACAGUCGUGGGGUAUCGCAUUCAAUCAACUCGAUUACAAAUUACCUGUUAUGAUGGAACUUAUCGACCUUGGGUACAUUUUUGUCAGCCCCUUCAAAGACAAGCUUGGACGACGAGUCGUAAUUUAUAGACCAGGAGUAUUCGAUCCCUAUAAAUAUACAAAUCAAGAUAUGUGUAGAGUGAUGGGAAUUUGUUAUGAGACCCUCAUGGAAGACGAAGAAUGCCAGGUCAGGGGUGUAGUUCACUACGCUGAUGGAGCUGGAGUCAGUUUUCCACAUCUUACCCUCUUCACUCCGAAAGAGGCUGUACGGAUUGUAAAAAACGGAGAGAAAACUAUACCGAUGAGGCACAAAGAAAUUUACGGCGUUAAUGUACACCCGACCGUAAAGUUUGCUCUUGACUUUGGAAUGGCUUUAAUAUCAGAGAAAAUACGAAAGCGUGUGAAACUGUACACUGCAGUUGAGGAUGUAGAAAUUGAUAAGAGUCUCCUACCGUCGGAGUACGGUGGUACAAUGCCGAUGAAGGAAAUGAUUGAGUUAUGGAAAGUAGAACUGGCCAGUAAGAGAGACAUUCUACUUCUAAACGACAAAAUGGCCGUGCGUCUCGAAAUGUACAGCGAAGCGGCGCGAGAGGGCGCAAUCUCAGCUCUACGCGCGGGUGCGAAUACUUGCGCCGGCGCUGAUGCAGUCGGAGACGCUAUGCGAGGCCUAACAGGAAACUUUAGAAAACUUGAAGUCGACUAA